AUGGUGAAGCAGAGCAACAACACGAACUCCGUUCUCCAGUCAGAGGUGUCACACAGAUGCAGUCUGCUCUGUCUCGGUCCUCUGAACUUCCACCGUCAGGCUGUGGGAGAAAAGAUCUGCCUGAGUCAUGGAGGUCGACUCGCAGAGAAGACUGAGGCCACGUUCAAGAAUGGGCUGGUGUUCAGCAACCGUCCAGUGAGAGUCCGGGAGAGGAUUCGUCUGAGAGUGCAGAGGGAUUCAUCCAUCUGGGACGGGGCUCUGCGUGUGGGCUUUACCACUGUGCCACCCUCAGCCAGAUCUCUGCCUCUGCCCUGCAUGGCCAUUCCCAACCUCACCAACAAGUCUGGACACUGGGCUGUUCCACUGGAUGAAUCUGUUUGUGAAGCAGGUUCAGAGCUGGAGUUUUGGGUUUCUCAUGGUGGCAGCAUAUACGUAGCUGUCAACAGCAGGCCGUGUAAGGAGCUAACAGGAGUGGACCUCAGCCAGCCUCUGUGGGCCAUGAUAGACAUUUACGGGCAGACGUGCUCCAUUUUGCUCCUGGGUUCAGAGAAACGUAAGCUGCUUUGCACUAGAAGAUCGUGUCCUCCACCUGAAUCCCUCACUUCACUUGCUGGUUCAGUUUCUGAUUUUUCAGACUUCACUGGUGAUGACUGCAUCUCCUGUCUUGAAACAGAAGUCCCAACAGGUAAAAAGAAUAAAACCUGUGUGGUGUGCAUGGUGAAAGAGGCCAGAAUCACACUGCCGUGUGGCCACCGGUGUUUAUGUAAACACUGCAACUCCAGAGUUUUUCAGGAGUUUGGCACCUGCCCGCUGUGUCGACACAAGAUCAGAGCUCCAUCGGCAGAGGAGCUGGUCUGA